UGAUAUUCCUGCAUGUUUUUUUUUUUUUUAAACUUUAUUCUGUCCAUUGAUGCCUUGUAAACACAUUUUUCCCCACCACCAUGUGUGCUGAAAGAACUGUGACAUUAUCUCCUGCGGAGAUCCCCAUGUUGUUCUAGUCCGUGUCUGUGUUUUGAUUCAGACAAUAGCUGGGCAUACAUGGGCUCCAGACACUGACCGGAGGACCACCAAAAUAAGGGAAGCCUGCUGUUACACAGUAAAUAUAGUAGCACCCAUGGAAAAUUGGAACUUGGGAUUCUACUGAAUUGUUAAUUCACGGAAGUGGAUGCAACUAUACACCAAGGAAAGCUACUCACAAGAAGCUGCUUUUUUUUGUAAGUGGGGAAAAGCAUCCAGAUGCUGCUUACCUCUGUCAAGAGAGGGGAGCAUUGUACUGUACUUCAGUCAUAUCUUGUGUGGUUUCCUCCUUCACUUCAUUGCUGCUUGUUGCCCUUGCAGGGGCAGCCUAUGCCCUCAGCCUCCUGCUGACCACAACAUUAAUGCUACUCCGCUCUGGGUUUACUGAAGGAAUACGUUUUUUUUAUUUCCUCUCCUGAUAGUUAUCUUGUGACUUGUUUCCCUAUAACCAUGUGUGAUACCAAAGGACAGCUGAGCGGGCUGUCCUACACUCUCAGAGGCUGUAUUGAUUUUCCUACAGUCUAUGUUCGUUUGAUUGAGACCCAGUUAUGUGAGAGGAAGGUGAGCAUGAGUGAGACAGAAUGCUCGAGAGAGUAUUGAGCUUUUAGAACUGAGGGCGGCUGUGGAUGCCUGCUGAAGAACAGGAGGGAGACAGGUCCUUCUCCAGUUUCAGACCAGCUGUCUUAUGGGUGGCACAACAUAAACCUGACCCACCUGGAUUGCACUCAGAACAAUGAACCACUCUGAGCUGACAACAGAUCCAGUGCUCACUGCCAACAGCAGCCAUGAAGACUUCUUUCCUGGAGGGGCCGCCAACCACUCCUGUCCUCUAGGCUGGGGACUGAAUAAAGGAGUUGAAGCUUGCAUUUUAGAAACUGCUGUCAUUGUUCUUCUGACUGUGCUCAUAAUUACUGGAAACCUGACGGUGAUCUUUGUUUUCCACUGUGCCCCUUUGCUGCACCACUACACCACCAGUUACUUCAUCCAGACCAUGGCCUACGCUGACCUACUGGUGGGCCUUAGUUGCUUAGUGCCCACCCUGUCUUUGCUUCACUAUCCAGCAAGCGUACAAGAGCCAAUCACAUGCCAGGUUUUCAGCUAUGUAAUCUCUGUUUUGAAGAGUGUUUCAAUGGCUUGCUUGGCCUGUAUCAGUGUUGAUCGCUACCUAGCCAUAACUAAACCGUUAUCUUAUAACCAGCUGGUGACACCUUGCCGACUGCGAAGCUGCAUCACCCUCAUCUGGGUCUACUCGAGCCUGGUUUUCCUGCCAUCUUUUUUUGGUUGGGGUAAGCCAGGCUAUCAUGGAGAUAUUUUUGAGUGGUGUGCUCACUCGUGGCCCACCUCUGCCCUCUUCACAGGCUUCGUUGUGUGCUUGCUUUACGCACCUGCUGCACUUGUGGUCUGCUUCACCUAUUACCACAUCUUCCGUAUUUGUCAACAACAUAACAGAGAGAUCAGCGAGCGACGGGCGCGUUUCCCCAGCCAGGAGAUGGAGGCUGGUGAGGGGAGUGGUGGGCAUCACGGAGGGCAUGGACCAGACAGACGCUAUGCAAUGGUGCUCUUUCGCAUCACUAGUGUGUUCUAUAUGCUUUGGCUACCUUACAUCAUUUACUUUUUGCUAGAAAGCUCCCAUGUGCUGGACAGCCCUGCCCUCUCCUUCAUCACCACCUGGCUGGCCAUCAGCAACAGCUUUUGUAACUGUGUCAUCUACAGUCUGUCUAAUAGUGUUUUCCGCCUCGGCAUGCGUAGGCUUUCGCAGACUAUUUGCUCCUUCAGUCAUUGUGCUGCAGAUGAUCGGGACUUUGGAGAGCCUAAGCCAAGAAAGAGGGCAAACUCGUGCUCCAUCUGAAGGAAUAGCUUUUACAGGAUGAGAAA